AUGGUGCUGUUUCUGGGGCUGAACUGAAGGGACCCACAAGGGAGGCAGCUCGCAGUUUUAACUUGUUGCGGCCAGGUUGAACUUACAGACAAUGUCAGUUGGGGAGGAACUGAAUGUGAGGAGAAUUAAAGCAGAGAAGAGGUGGAAAGGAUCUGCUCACAUCUUGUAUUAGACUUUUAAUGGAGGACACUCUCCUCAAGCCAUGGACAUCGUGGAGCGCAUUCUAGCCGUUGCGAAAAUCAUCUACGGUCAAUAUCAGCACGUGAAGUACUGCAAGAAGCAGAAAGAGCGCCUUGUCAAGCGCAUGGAGAUCCUCCUGAGACCUAUUGAGCUCCUCCAGGCUCAGUCCCUCAGCAAACUGUCCUCCAGUCUGAAAUGGAUGCUGCAGAACAUGUUGGACCUUUUGCUCGAAGCCCAGGAACUCUUUGAGAAGUACAAAAACCAUAACGUGCUGGAGAGGUUCAUGAAGGCUGGUGAGAUGCUGGAAGAGUUUGCAAACCUGAACGAGCGCUUUGGAGAUAUGGGCCAAGGACUUUUGCUGCAGCUCCAGGUGGAGCAGAAGAUGCUAGUAAGCUUUCAGAAGUGCGUGGUAAGCAAAGAAUGCUGCCAAGAUCUGGCGGAAGACAAAGUUUGCUGGAAGGAGAUGGCCAAAGGGCAGCAGGAAGAAUCUCAUACAGAAAUCACAGAGAUAAACAAGCAGUUUUUAACCAAGGUGACCUUUCUGUCGGAGAUGAAAGACCACAUCCUGUACAAAGGAGAAUAUUACAAAAGUCCGGUGGCCAUCAAAGUCUUCAAAAACCCUUUGACCAUCAACACAAAGAAGGUGAGACAGAUCUUCGAGGAGGAGAUCCGGACCCUGAAGAGGCUGGAGUCCUCAUACAUUGUGCGCUUGUACGGCAUCUGCAUUGAUGAAAGUGGGACGAUCCCCCAGUUCUCCAUAGUUACCGAGUAUUGCGAAAAAGGCACCCUGAGGGAAGUGUUGAGAAAAGAACCGGACCUGCCCUGGAAGAUUCGCUGCGACAUGGCUUCUGAUGCAGCUGCUGGGCUGUACAGGUUGCACCAGACAGGAGACAAGUGCCAGCUGCAUCGUUGCAUCAACAGUUCCAAAUUCUUGGUUGCCAAGGGCUACUGUGUAAAGUUGUCAGGAUUUAAACUGGACCAAACAGAGUCAUCCAUCAGUCAGAAAAGCAAGGAUAAAGUCCCAAGGGAGGUCUCUUCUUUAGCCUAUAUCUGUCCAGAAGGCCUGGCCUCUUUACACCAUCCGUACAACUUGGCUAGUGAAAUAUACAGCUUUGGGAUUGUGCUGUGGGAGAUCGCAACUGGGAAGCUCCCCUUUACAGGUUGCAACUCUCAAGAAAUCUAUAAGAAGGUUUAUAAGCAAAAAGUACAGGAGCCUUUAGGAGAAGACUGUCCGUCCUAUUUACAGACAGUCAUCAACCAGUGUCGGAGUUAUAACCCUUCCAAGCGCCCAACUACUGAAGUUAUUGUGAACCAGCUCCUCAUUGACCAGGAUGCCAACAGUAGCAACUUGACUUCAUGAGUGAAAAUCAGUGAUUGUGGAAGAUCUGAAGCUUCUCUCUUUUUUUCCACAUUUCAAUAUUCUUUGGCUUGGCCCGAUGUUUGAACUCUAGCCAGCUUUGCCUCUUACUGAAACAUUCUGUUGGUUCCCUAAAAUGUGGGGGUUUGGGGUAGCAAAUAAAGAGAACCCUCCCACCCCCGAUGUUGAAGACCAAUGUCAGACCUGCCUCAACUUGAGCUUCUGAAUAAAAACGAUCCUUAACUCCAUUUGUUGAUAAAGGUAUAGCUUACUAGAAGUCAAGUAAAUUACGGUUUUGUAAAGCCAGAGUGGAGAGUUCACGCCAGACUUCUGCUGGUUAAUUUUCCUCUCUUUGGUCCCUUUCCCAUAGUGUCUCUCUCAUUGUCCAAUCAAGUUUAAAAGAGAUAUUUUGGAAACAGUCACUCUACGGGUUGGCAUUCUUCUCCCAGGGAAACGACCUUGAAGAUUUUGUCGGUCCUAAAAUGGGGCAAAACUCACUUAAUAAAUUUCUCUCUUAGCAACAUAAACUUUGGGCUCAAUUGUGAUCGUAAGUUGAGGACUAUCUGUAUUUGCACAACAGCCUUAAACCACUCAGUCCUGGACACAUGCUGGCUUGGUUCUAGGCUGGUUUAAGAAAAGGCUACCUUGGCCUCCCAUUGGACAAUUCCAUGCUGCUGCGCCCACCCACCUUUGCGUUCCAGGAAAGCAAUAGCCAAUUGCUUUCCUUUCUGGGCAGGUCUUCCUGGCCACGCUCCCCCCUCUAUAUCUGUAGUUCAAUUUAUACGACCAAAGUUAAAACUUCAAAAUGCGUGUAGGCGUGUGCUCACACAAGAACUAACAAUUAUAGAAAAAAGAAGUCACAAAAAAAGAUGGAUCAGAAGUAACAAAUGGAAGGUUCUUAAGAGAGAUCCAACCUGAAAUAAAGGAGAAAUUUCCUGAUAGAACAACUAUCUGCCUCCAGAAGUUGUGGGUGCUCCAUCAUUGGCGGUUUUUAAGAAGAGAUUGGACAGCCAUUGGUCUGAAACAGUGCAAGGUCUCCUGCUUGAGCAGGGGGCUGGACUAGAAGACCUCAAAGGUCCCAUCCAACUCUGUUAUUUUUCAGGGAUACUCUCAUUGCCAUCAAGUUUAGGAACCAUUUUUAAACAAUGGACCCAGAAUUUAAUUUUAAUUAGUUUUAAAUUAAUUAAUUUUAAUC